GACGCAGUUCAAUGCUUUAGUAAGCUUGUUGUACAACAUUAUAUGAUGUUCUAUUUAUACAAUUCUAUUUUUGCAUUUCUAUUUGUAAAGAAUAAGACAUGUGUUGGAAGUUGUCAUCUAUGGUGUAUUUGUUGUUUGUGCCACUUGUAUAUUUUCAUCAUUGUUUAGCAUCUAUUGUAAUAUGAUAUUUUGUACAUUUUAAGUCAUUUUGGAAAUUCUGGUUUUUGAUAUUUAAGUUGUCUCACAUUUCCUUGUUCAUAAUGUAUUGUAGAGAAGACGAAGUGGUAUAUAGUACAAGCACUAAAGACAAUCAAUGACAUAGUUAUGUACAUGGAAAUGUCAUCUCCGAGAGUAUCGUUCUUGUGCUUGGUAAUAGAUCAAAGUUUCUCAAACUUUCUACUUUACUCCAUUGCAAAAAAGUAUUUGCACGUAUAAUUAUGCUUAUAAACUUCAAUGAGUACUGUUUCUUUAUUUUGUUCUAUUUUUUUCCAUUCUGUUUUUCCCCCUUUUUGUCACAGUUCCAAGAUCUGAGAUUGAGCAUUGACUAGUGCACGAAGCAACAAUGGCUAACAAGCCACUUUCAAAGGAAACUAAUGUAUUUCAGUUGCGGCAUACCUUUCAUUAUUUUCUUGCUGGUGAGAAGCACCCGUGUGGUGAGACUCACAUGCAACGCUUGAAUAUGUAUAAGCAAUGUUCUAUACAAGAUAGAAUAUUGGUUUCUUAAAAUCGUCUGCCUGAAAAGUAAAAUUUGUUGAUAAUAAAGGAUACAUUUUCUUUUAGUAUACGUAUGAAAUACUUUCUCUUCUACUCUUUUCUUUUUUAGAACUACAUUAGAAACUGUAUUAGGCCAUCCCUUUUGGGACAAUAAAAUGCGAACAGAGUUUAUAUUUGUUUGGAAGUCAUCAAACAAAUAAACUCCGUUCGCUUUUUACUGUCCCAAAGAAGAGAUGGCAUAACACAGUUUUUAACGUAGUUCUAAAAUAGAAAAAGUAAAAGAGAAAAUAUUUUAUACGUAUACUAAAAGAGAAUAUGUUGUUUAUUAUCAACAAAUUUUACCUUCUUGAUUUAUUAAUGUCGAACAUAAGAGUCAUCAGAUGUUUUGCUUCAGACGGAUGCUCUAAGGAAACCAAUAUCCUAUCUAGUGUAGAACAUCGCUUAUGCAUACCCAAGCGCCGUUGUGAGUCUCACCAACCAGGUGCUUCUCACUUGCAAGGAAGUAAUGAAAGGUAACUGAAAUAGAUCAGUUUGCUUUGAAAGUGGCUUGUUAACCAUUCUUGCUUCGGGCACUAGCCAAUGCUCAAUUUCAGGUCCUGAAACUGUGACAAGAAGGAGAAAAAAGAAUGGAGAAAAAUAGAACAAGACAGAGAAACUGUACUCAUAGAAGUUUAUAAGUAUCAUUAUACGUGCUAAUACUUUUUUGCAAUGGAGUAAAGCACAGAGUUUGAGAAACUUUGUUCUAUUACCAAGCGCAAGGACGAUAUUCUCGGGGAUGACAUUUCCAUGUACAUACCUAUGUCAUUGAUUGCCUUUAGUGUUUGCACUAUAAAUCUGUAUUGCAACAAAACAAAUUAGAAGCCAUAAGGUUUAUUUAACAACACCACAAAUAAAAAUUCAAAAAGAAUAAAAUUUGGUACUACUAACUUUAGAGAAUCGACAUAUAUUUGACUUGGCUACUGGCUUCUUUUCAGUAAUUUAAACCAAACAUCAUCUCUAGUUCUCUCGAGGUAAAUAUAAAUUCCUAGCCAAUCCUUUUGACUUAUCACUUUUUCAUAACCAAUAUAUCUUUAAAUACAAUGGUGUGAUACAAAUUCUCUUACUAUAUUCAAGAACUCAUUGCCCUGUCAUAUUCUUCGAUGGAAAAAUAAAAAACAUCAGCUUUACGACUAUCGUAUACUCCAUUGUAGAAACCACAUGUCCUCAUUUUGGAAACAUCUACUGACAAUUUUUCGAAAUGAAGCUCUUUAUCAAUUACCACUUCGUCUUCUCUACAAUACAUUAUGAACCGGGAAAUCAAUUUACCUCUUAGUAAAAAUUUAGUUUUAAAUGUAAAUAUCCAUUAAUUUAAAAAAUCUUAUUAUAAAAAUAAAAAAAGUAAAUGUUGAAGGAAUAUAUUUAUGAACACUUAGACGUCAAGGACCUAUUCAGGCUAGUAAACAAGUUAAAUCAUCAACUCUUCAUUUAUCUCGAUGACUCUAUCACAAUGAUUAUACCUUGUAAUAGCCCGCUUGAAAAAAAAUUCAGCCAAUGUUUUGUCCAAAUUCUCAAAAUCGCAAAUCAUAACUGUUACUUCCUUACCAUAAUGGAUUCCUUGAUACCUAUUUAUCAGUUAGCAUUUUUGAAAGUAAGUUACGCAACAACACAAUAUGAAGUGUUAGUUAAGUAACAGUUUGCGUCUAUAGUCAAUGAGAUUCGCGAAAUCAUGUAGAACUUACAGGUCUCCAAGGGAUAUUGAGCCAAUGUUUUCAACUAAUUUGACCCAUGAAGACUCAGAAGAUUGUCCUUCGUUUUGCCGAUGUCCUUCUUCAGAAGGCCGUUGAACACGGACCAGGUUUAUGCCAACGAUCACCUCGUCUUAUGGAGCCUGCACACUCGGGAGCAGGCGAAUGGGACCUUCUUGUAUAGCCAGUCACUAGGGAUUUGGAAGCACAUUGUCUGCGGCUUUGUUGUUACAUUACUCUUCCGGUCCCUCAUUAAUGAUGCGCCCGUUCCUUAGGCCCAGAUGCUGAUAUGAGAUUUGGAUGCAGGCAUGCUGCAGAAUGCUCACAUUUGCAAGAGGUUGGGAUCUAGUUCUUCCGAGAGUAACAUUGCCUCCUCCUCUGCUCUACUCACGCUACUCACGACAGGAGCAUCUUCCCAGCCUUUGUCUAGGAGAGCCACUCGUUGACGCCCAGCUGGCUCCCGAGCCACGAUGUAAUACCCGGGCUUGACCCUAUCCUACCCUCCCCCAUGUCCCACACUCCCAUGGGAACCAAAGGACUUAGUUUCAAACAUUAUGAUCCAUUUUAGUAAGAAUUCAAAGUCUUUAACCCGGAAGGCCAAAUCGCUUUCGUUUUUGACCUCGGGGUUCCGCUGGCCAAUCCUCAUUCCGUCCAACCCAACCCCAAAUAUCCAUAAGUAUCUUAUUUCCUUUUGAUAUCCAAAAUAAAGUUCUUCCUACUCUUAUUUUAGCCUAGGGCCGAAAAUAAGAGUGUGUAAAAUAAAACCUUUUGUUUGUUGUUAUUUUCCUUUUUUAAGCUUUUUAUUAAGCCAAUAAAACUCUCCCUUUAUUCCAUUCACCCCUGGCCAAAAUACACUUCACAAUCCCAACAUAAACACCCACAAAGAGCCAAAACCUUGAUCCACCACUUGCCACUCAUUUCCUUCCCAUAUUCCCUUACACAUAACCCAAACCUAUAAGUCCAAAAACCACACAUUAUAUCCCCCAUCACUGCCCCCUUUUAUUAGCCAAAACAACCCCCAUUUUUACCUAAAUAAUAGCCACAAAAACCCAGGAAAAAACCACUAGGAACCAAAACACAAACCCCACAACCCCCAGCCCCAUCCCUGAUUUUACCCCACUAAGGAGACAGGUUUGAAUGGAGAAUGCCCCAUGCUUUGAGAGAGGAUGUUGCUAGGAAGCUUUCUCAUGUUC